ACUUGAAUCCUUCAUAUAUAUAUAUAUCAUCAUCAUCAUUGUAGUGCCAAUAAGUAAAAGGCAUUACCGAAGGGAAGAGUGGGAGAUGGGUAUAUCACACUUCGAAGAUAAAAGAAAAUGCAUGUCACCGGUCGGAUUACCUCCUGGCUUCAGGUUCCAUCCGAUCGACGAAGAGCUCGUCAAUUAUUACCUCAAGAGGAAGAUCAAUGGCCAAGAAAUCGAACUCGACAUUAUUCCCGAAGUCGAUCUCUACAAAUAUGAACCUUGCUAUCAGAGAACCGGUGUGGUAUUUUUAUGGGCCAUGGAACCGGAAGUAUCCGAACGGAUUCAAGACGAACAGGGCGACAAGAGCAGGGUAUUGGAAGUCGACGGGGAAGGACAAGAGAGUUACGAUCCAGCAUCGAGCCAUAGGAAUGAGGAAAACGUUGGUUUACUGCAGAGGGCAGGCGCCACAGGGGAUUCGGACUGAUUGGGUAAUGCACGAAUAUCGCCUCUACCGCAAGGAGUGUGAGGACACAUCAGGAAUUCAGGUAGUUUGCGCACUACCAUGAAAUCAUUAAUUCUUCUUUCCUUUACUAAUAAAAUUGAUAGCUGAUG